GGUAGGGAUUGAGAGCUCAUCACCACAGCAACGGAGCCUAAUCUGCCUAGCUGUGUGGACCUCUGGAUUCUCAGUUAUGGCACAUUAACCACCCAGAAAGAGGAGCGGAGGAUCCCCAUGGAUGAUUAGAGAGAUGUGGUGCACACAUAAAGCCCCGAAACCACAACAAUAAGACGUGGGGCCAUUAAAACUAUUAAAAAGCUGUUAAAACGGACCCUGAAGCAUGCGUGCACUUCAUGCAUUAGUUCUAGGCUCUCCGAGCACACAUCAUUCAGGAUCCACACACUGCAAUACUUUGAAUUUGAAAGCACGCACAAACAAAAGCAAGACUGCUUUCUUUUGGGAGGCAACUGGCAAAAUUUUCUUAAGCACUCAUGAUAUAAAACAGAUGACAAACAGUUUUCAAGAACUCUAUUCACUGUGGGACUUCAUCUUUUACAUUGUGCCAUUAAGACAGAAACACAAGGGGACCAAGCCGAGUAGAAAUGUCUACAAAUGGAACGUUUUAGUCCUAAUGGAUCAUAAACUAGCUGAUAACAAUAGAUCAACUCUCACUUAGUGCUGGAAAAACACCUCUUAACAGACAUCCUGUUAUGCUUCAGUCCACUAAGAUAGAGAGAGAGAUACAGAUAUCUGUUUGUGGGUCUUUGCCCUCGUCACUGUGUGCACACGAGGGGAAUCCUCCUGUUCAUUCGUCCAUGCCAAUGUGUCAUCCAUCACAGGUGUAGACGCCUUUCAGCCGAUGUCUGGGUUCAAUCUGAACCAGAUGUGUGUUGCAUGGAGUGCCUAUUUAUUAUUAUUUACAAUAAUAAAAUCUAAAUUCAUGAUGAAAGGAAGAUUUGGCAAAAGAAAGUUACUCAAGAUGCACACAAUGAAGAAAAUGCUGGCAUUGUGUUCCAAUGUCGACAACUUUAGGUGAUUUCCAGAGUUUCUGUACACAAGUUCUGAAUAUAGUUCUGUUUUACACAACCAUGUAAACUAAUGGUUGAAGAAUUGUAAGAAUGGAAGAAUAUAGUGUUUUCAAUCUGCUCUUCAUAUUUAACGGAGCCCCAGAUCUAUAAAACAUCUAUAUUUUCCAUAAGAUCCCUGUUUGGCCUUAAUGUGAGAUUAUAAAACCCUCACUGUACUGCUCCACAUAAUUUGGCCUCUUCCUCAUAGUAUUGAUCACCUGUUGCACUCUGUGGAAACCAUGUUACCAAAUAUUAACUUUACAACAAACACAGGGUGACUCAGCAGAUGGACACUCAUUAAGUGUCCUCUUGCUGACACAAUGAGCAUACUAUGUGCUUGUUUGAGUUUGUGAGAGAAAGUGAGGGGUUUGUGGUUGAGGUCUGAGCCUGGAAGACAUACAGCCCGACAGACCAUGCAGACAUACAGAGAGAUAUUUCAAAACUGGCAAACCUAUACAGCAUUGCCACACAUCUUUUCUCAAAUGGCAGACAAAUUCAGGCACUUUAAUCUGAUACUGAUACAUCUCGUGAACCAAAAAUGUACACAACCGAAUGACAUGAAAUGAAACUGAAGCAGAAAUGAUACUACUUAAAGCGUGCAGAAAGUUUUGUCUUCUUAAAAGAAGUGUUGUCUGAGUUUGAACGGAGCAGGGGGCGGUCCACAGGAAAACGGCAAAGGACGUGAGGCGCUCAUAUAUAUCUUACAAACUCAGUCAUGUGGUCAUACAUAACGGUGAUAACUCAGAUGAGUAGGUACACACGACUACAUAUCCUCAAUGGACUGUGAUUAAUUUAAAGCUGGAUUUUAAAAAUUGUGAAAAACAGAAGCAAAGAAUCGCCGUGAGUCCUCGCCAGCGCCAUUAAACCGAAGAUGAACUCCUUUGCUACGCUCACGCCAGGGAAUCUCAGUGAGGUCAACAAAACCUGCCGCUUCGAUGAGGAGUUUAAGUAUAUCCUGCUGCCCGUGUCCUAUGGGCUGGUGUUUGUACUGGGACUGGCACUAAACUCCCUAGCCCUGUGGAUGUUCGUGGCCAAGAUGCGACCGUGGACUGCGAGCACCGUGUACAUGUUCCACCUCGCCCUGUCAGACACGCUCUACGUGCUCUCGUUGCCCACACUCAUCUACUACUACGCCAACCGCAGCCACUGGCCCUUCGGUGUGGCCUUGUGCAAAAUGGUACGCUUUCUGUUCUACGCCAAUCUCUACAGCAGCAUCUUGUUCCUUACCUGUAUCAGCGUCCAUCGUUACCUGGGCAUCUGCCACCCCAUCCGCUCCCUCACUAUGAUAAAACCCCGCCAUGCCCACCUGGUGUGUCUCUCCGUGUGGGCGGCUGUGACCCUCUGCCUGGUGCCCAAGCUCAUAUUCGUCACCACCACUGCACGUGACAAUGACACCCUGUGCCACGACACGACGCGACCCGAGGACUUUGACUACUACGUCACCUACAGUUCAGUGGUCAUGGUGCUGCUCUUCGCUAUCCCCUUCCUCGUCAUCAUGGUGUGCUACUUCCUGAUGGCCCGUACUCUGUGCCGACCCCGCAAGGGCUUGUCCUCAAAUCAGCAGGGCAACUCCUCACGCACCAAGUCCAUCAAACUCAUAGUGGUGGUGCUGGUGGUUUUCGCCGUGUGCUUCGUCCCCUUCCACAUAACCCGCACUCUCUACUAUGUGUACAGAUUCUUGGACGCGGACUGUGCUUUUCUCAAUGUGGUCAACUUCGCCUACAAGAUCACACGACCUCUCGCCAGCGUCAACAGCUGCCUUGAUCCCAUCCUGUACUUCCUGGCUGGCGACCUCUACCGCUCCCGGCUGCUCCGUGCAUUCACCCGGCAGAUCACCAACUCACGGUCCGCAGCCUACCAGCAGUCACCGUCCAACAAUAACAAGAAGGACAUUGCUCUGGUCUAUACGAACACGGAGGCCAAAGAAAGCCCCAAGGCAGAGCGUUAGCUUUUACAAACUUUUUGCAAAACUCUGAAGGCACGCCACUGUGCCGGGAACACACAGGGCAGUGGCAGCAAGGGAGCAGCUCAGAGGUCUGGUCCUGCUUGUGGGUCUAAUCAAGUGUGUUGAGACGAGUGUCAGCAGGCGUCCAGAUUUCAGCCUUCAGAAGUUCUGCCCAAAAGAGAACAGCAAUCGCUGCAGUUGUAAACAAUACCAGGCACCAAAAAUACAGACAAACCAUGCAAGAGGAGAAACAGUUUUCGGGCUAACCACAUCCCGUGUGUACGUCUAACCUCUUCCCAAUUGUUGUCAUGUCUGUUUAUAUCAAUGAGGGGCACAGCAACAAGCAUAAAAGCCAGCUAAAACCACCGUAUAUCUAUAGGAUAGCUGCUAUACACAGGCUUUGAGUGCUAGCUCUGCUGCAGUUGGUUAGACUUCUUUAUUUUUACUGUAUGGCUGCUAGACAAAACAGCCCCUGUUGUAUCUCUCUGUGGUGGAUUGCAACUACUGUUGCCACAGAGGAAUUCCAACACAGAGCCUGUUGUAUACUGAGUCUGAAAGCUUCUGUCUGAAACACAAAGUCAUUAUAAUCGUUUCAUGCAUAAUGGUGCCUUGCCAAAGUCCUUUAUCGGGGUAUUCAGACAGUGCUAAGCAUUGUGCAGUGAAAAGCUGCAAGGAGAGAUGGAGCAUUUGAAAGUGAUCAAGCUGUUGCCAACACAAGAGGGAUGAUAACGUUAACGCGCUAGCAAGCAAUCCUGAUCGAGAUUUGCAGGUUGAACGGAGUGGAUCUGCAUCUCAUGUUACAGAUUAAACCCGGCAUCCAGGGAAGCGCUUGAGGAGAUGUGUGUGGGUGUGUGGAGCAGCGCUGAGCCCCUGGUUGUGAUGUUGCCUGUGCAUCGUCAUAGAAACAGGCCAGGUUCCACAAAGACUCCCCGGGGUCCCUCCCGGCCCCCUCCAGCUGUUUUUGCCAUUCAGUUAGAAGAGCACACAGCUGUGUUAUGCGCGGCUCUGUCUUGGCUUGGCUUAGACCGUGGAAAGGGUGGGGGCGUUUGAGGGCCUUCAAAUUUCUGGUCGCUACGUUUAGUAACUAAUCUUCAUCAACAAUAGGGAUUUCCCCAUAUCUAUUGGAAAAUGAAGUCAUGGUUUUUUAGAACAAUAAACAAUAUUUUGAUUGUCACCUGAAUCAAGUGUAUCCCAGCCCCCAGAAGUCAUAGCCAUCUUUCAUUUUAAGCAGAAUAUAUGUGAGCAGUAUGUAAAUAGGCUAAUCACUUUUUUUUAUAAUAAACAAGGUAUUCAUUCCUUU